CAUUUAACACAACAACAAGUUUUGUCCUUUUAAAUAUUUUGUAACAAAAACAUCCACAAUGUCGUCAAAGGACAGAAAUUUCAAGGUUGCUCUUCUGGUAGAUGCCCGUAGACGGAUCGCACCGACGGAAAAGCCGCUAGAUGUGACCAAAUUUGCCCAGGGAGUCCGGUUGUGUGUGCUGAAACUGCUGUCAUAUUUUGCCCACUGUCGCGACGACGGCGAGCAGGCAAUCCAGAACUUGAGAUGGGGUCUCAAAAUGUUUCACUCAUACGAUUAUCCUCCGUGUAAGCGUGAUUAUCUCAAAGAGCUCAACAUAAAAAACUUCCAAGACUUCGAGGAGCAACUCGCCGGUGACUUAGACGCACUUUCGUCGUCAAUUCGUGGGAAACGAGCUCCGAAAACACCGCAAGUUUUGACUGCCACUUCGGUUCGGCAGGCACUUGAUGACGUCAUUCAUGAUUUCCAAUGGGAUGGGCCGGAUGUUUCCUCUCCAGUGAAAAUGGUAUCUCCAACGAACUCAAGAACGAGAAGAAAGCCCUCCCACCAUCAUGGACCAAAUGCAAACAAGCAAUUUCACAAAAGUUGUACAAAUUUUUCAAAGUGUGUGUUUCUGUUCAUGCCUUGCCCAGUGAGUCGUUCGGAGUUGGAGGAAUUCUGUGAUUUUGGACCUGACGACCUGUUGCCAAGCAAAUCUGAAUUUCUUGAGAUGGUCGUUCCAAGCGGGAGGUCAUACCGAACAUUCCAAGAUCAGAAUAUCGCAUUGUUUUGGAUUGACAGCAGUCCUUGGAUGUCAGCCAAUUUAAAGAGAGACCAAGAUGGUCUUUCAGUCAUCUCUGCUGCUCUACAAGAUCUUGGAGGUUGUAUCAUUCCAGUUCAUGCCAUCAUCAACCAAAGCCAGGACCUCGCAACAAGUCUACACUCCGUCUUACCAUCAUCUUCCCAAAACCUCACAAGAACUUCCAAAAUAAAUACACCACCAGAGAAAAUCCUUCCAGCUAACGAUUACCUAUCAUCAACAUCUAAGAAGAUGGGGUCAAGAAAGAAGCAAGAGGAUAAGACGGAUGAAGAAUCGACUCGGAAGGAGCGAGACAAGGGAGAAAAGAUCACCAGUUGUAGUUUUCUUCCGUUUUCAUCUAUAAUGGACCAUUAUGUUAAGCCUGUGGAGCCAAUAAGUUUUACCCGGCAACCCAUCACACGAUUAAGACUGUGUGCAAACAAAGAUGGGCAAGUUACAGAUUUAUGUCAGUUGGAGUUACACCCACUAACCAGAAGAUCUUCAAUGACCUCCACACCUUCAAAGCCCACCAAAUCAAGCCCAACAAGAACCUCAUCGACCCAGCUGUCCAUCUCAACUCCAAAGUGGAGUCAAUCAUUCCACAUCGAUGAUUCUACAAAAGCAUCAACUUCAAGAGAUUGCCAAAACACCAGCAAGAGUACACAAGAGGACAGAGUGACCAUCAGAGCUCAACUGGCCCUGGGUGCUGUGCCGAUUAGUCAAUACCAACCCACUGCUGUGUAUACAUGUACUGGCCUUGCUGUGAGUCCGUCGAUUGUAGAAGUGAAUGGCACAGUGGAAGGAGAGGUCGAAGGUCAAAGUGUUGUCAGACUUUCAAGUUGGUUCAAGGAUGCUAUGGUCGGCCUCAGCCAGCGGAGGAAAGUGUUGCUGGUAGACAUGCCACAUCCAGAGACUUGUUUCCCAGUCUCAGCAGUAUUAGAGCCCCUCACAUCCACCACUGCCUCUCUACGCAUCUUGAAAGCACUGUCAGUACCUAGACAAGUCUAUUCCAGCAACCUUGAGGAUGAUGAUCAUGAAGGGCAAAGAAAUGAAGCAGAAAAUGAUGUUAUGAAGAUGACUGAAAUCACUAAGGAGUGCAUCAAGAAACAUCGCAGCGUAAAAUGUAAAAAACAUCCUAAAGGCAGCAAGGAUAGACUCAACACAGUCUCUCCAUCACAUGUGCCUUGUGAGACGGUCUCAUUCCGGCCUCAUCUCCUAGAACCAUGGUUCUCUUACUCGGCAUCAGGUGGAGCGUCAACCAGGUUGAUUGAUAAACUACUCAGUAUUCCACAUUAUGACAAUCUUUCGGAGCCAACCCGGUCUACUUCAGUCAACCAACUCCUACAAAGCCUUGAAGAAGUAUACAGUGGAAAGCCUGGCACUAUCAGCAAUCAGAAUGCAGCCAUGAAGAGUACUGGACAGGCAGAAGUAGAGACAGAAAAACAGGCUAAGCAACCAACUGUUGAUGCCUGUCCUGCAAGGCAGAGCCCUCGUCUGAAACGCAAGAAGAGUUCGAUCAACGUUGGUUUCCGCACUGAGAAAAUCAUGUCUAAUAGUAUCCGCAUUCAGACAACGAAGGAACCGAGCCCACAGAAGAAAGGAGAGAAAGAGAACAGGGUACCUGGCAGAGAGAAAACCAAAACAUCAAACUUUGAAUGCCCAAAGUUGAAUUCCGAGGAAGACGUUAUUGAUUGUCUCCAAACCAACUAUGAAAGAACCCUAAAUGAGGCUUCUUGUGGGAUGCAUUUCGUUCAAUUCAUGACAAGUAUUGUUCUCUCCUACCUGAAAAGUGAGCACUCCAACUCGACAGAAAGUGACGCAGUGAUGAAAGCCAGGGACAUCCUGACCAAGACCUUGCUAGUCUCCAGCAAGCAGCUGCGAGAGAAGUACCAAUCCCUCAUCGAUGAACCCAGUAAGCUGCUAAGAGUACAGGAGACUGAGCUACAAGUCCUGUUGCGGCUGGAGAUGGAGGCUAUAUCACCUACAGAGGUCACGCCGGGGAAGCAGACGAUUCCUGGGACUGAUGAUGACGGAGCAGGGAAGGAGGUUGAGGGGAGAGAUGGAGUGAACAGCGAUGAGGAUGAAGGGCCGAUGCUGCCGGAGAAUGUUCAAGCCUCGGUAGAUGAGAUUGUAAGGUUUCUUCGAACAGUUCCCUUUCUUGCUGAUCACAAUCGGUUAACUUCCUUCCUUUCUGAGACGCUUGUACAAAACUAUGCAGAUUCCUUGCCCCACAUCUUACGAGCCAUCUACGAUGACCUGAUGCAGCCAUUGCCAUCCAUCCUACUCUCUCCGAGCAACGAGACAUCAAUCUCAUCAGUCCAGACCCUCCCGCCUCCAUCUUACAAGUCAUCUUCAUCUCACGGGUCAUUUGCUGAACCAUCUGUCUCUAGCAUAAGAACCAGGUCUGUCGUCCGUCAUCCUAGCCUCGCUGACAUGGGAACAAAAAGGGUUAUCCCGAUCCCCUCAAGGAACGCUGCCAAGAAAAAGGUAGAGCAAAAGGAGCAGCCAAAACAAAAGGUUGCUGUUGUUAAAGAUGAUGAGGCCUCCAAUGCCAAGACUGUACGCCGCAAUCUCUUCAUGGGAGGGGCUAAGCAAAGCCCCAAAAAGGGAAGCAGUAAACUCCCAAGACGACAGAGUGUGGCCGUCAUGCAGAACAUCCAUAACACAAGGAAGAGUCCCCGUAGACACACCCCUAGGAAAUCCGACGCACCGUUUGUGUUGAAGACGCGGGUCGUCAAGGAAACACCAGGCAAGAAGCAAGUCCUGCAGGCGAUGCUUAAGAAGCAAGAACGUGCAAGGAAAAUUUCCACGUCUGGUGGGGAGAAGGUUGUGCCUCCAACCCCAUCAUCAAGAAUUGUACAAGAAUCACCGUUAAAAACUAUGCAAGCAUCAAAUACCCGCCGUAGUAGUCCACGCAUCAAACCCAAGAAUCCGGGCCAUCGACGCAGCUUCUACUCUCUAAGCAGCUCGACCGAUCUGAAACGGGCUCGUGAACUUGCAUCCAGAAUUGCUGGCAAGACAUCACCGACGCCGUCUUUGAACAAAUCAAUGAAGAUUGCGAGCAGGAAGUCCUUCCUUAGUGAGAUCGUCAGUCCAGGGACUCUGAAGGGCAUAAUGGGACGUCCAAUUGGGUUUGAAUCCCCAAGUAAGAACAUGCCACCCGGCGAUAGUUUGGAGUCGCCAAGUAGGAAUACACGUUCCCAAGUUGAUUUAGCGCCACCUACAGAAUCCCUUACUAAAACUGAUGUGGGAAAUAAGGAAGAGCAGCUGGGUAAAGGAAAGGGAAUGUUUAAAACACCCGUCAGGACACCGAGACGUAUUAACUUCAACUCGCCUGCAAAGAGCACUUCUAGUUUGCCCAAACAAACUACUGGGUCUUCAAGUGCAGAUGGUGUGCCACUUAAAAAUGAGGCCCAAGUGUUGAACCUUGCAGAAGACAAGUCAGUUGUCCCUCUGAACUCAUCGCCCAGUGACAAAUCAAAAACUGCCAACGAUGUCGGAGCUUCUUCUAUGUCAAAGGUCACUUCAAAAUCAAGUGAAAAAAGAACUGAACAAUGUUUUAGCAAGUCUGCUAAUGGGAAACAGCAGUUGCUUCAAACUAAAAAGUCCCCUGUAACUGCUAAGCUUGAGCUAAAUGUCGAGGCAAAAGACUCAUUGUUGGUAACACCUGAAAAACCUCCACAGGUAGAAACGGACUUCCUAACUCCGAGUAGAAGAAGUUUAAGACUUCUGAAAUCACCUGAUCAAACUCUUGUCCAAUUUGCUCAUCCUGAAUCAGGAAGUGACAAUCCAAAGAUCAAGGCGUCACAAGGAGACAAAGGUUUACCGACCCAAAAUAAUUUUCUUAAGAUCCCCACUAGUAGAAAACGUAAAGAGACCGACAGAAGCCCUUCACCGAAUUCCCGUGUUAUCGUUCACACGCCGUCACCUCGCAAACAGACAAAGUCGAUCACUCCGAGCUCCCUCCACAAGUGGCAGCGACGAAAGAAACCCAGGUACGAGUCGCCAGAAAGAUCCACUUUAUCCAUUAUCGAGAAGAUUACACCACCUUCUAUUAAACGCACACAAUCCACCACCACCCUUUCUCCGUCACAGUCACCAAAGUUUGGAAAAGUAACUCCACCGUCUAAACGAAAAGCAAAAGCGCUCAGCUCUGCAAAGAAGCUCAAAUCGGAAACGCCCGAGGAUCAAAAGCGGAAAUGUACAAAACAGACUAAACUUGGAACAGUGUGUAAAGCAAAUGUGAAUCUCUUAACGCUCAUCACGGAUUUGGACCCCCAAGACACCGGCAAGAUGCAAACGCGCAGUCGCUCACGAGAAGAGGACUCAACACCGGCUAAGAAAGAUACUCAAUCCGUCCCGCAAGAAGUUGAGUCAUUCACCUUCUUGGACACUCACUUAGACGACUCGGACGACGAUGUGGACUUUCCAAAUCUCAUCUCGCCUGUUCGUAAAUCUGCAACAAAGAAAACUCCUGAGGAGACUUCGGACAGUGGAAAUCCUCCCGCCGGAUCUCACAGAUUGUCCAAGUUGUCGGUUAGAAGCUCCACUUCGGUUUUUGAAGAGGAGAGCUUCGCCUCAGCGGACGAGGUAUUCCUGCAAGAUUCGCCCCCAUCCGGCUCAAAGAAACUACGCGUCACCACACCAUUGACCACAGUUGGACUAUUUACAUUAAUGAACUCGCCCAUGGUGUCAUCGGCCAAAGAUAAGGUGCCCUUGAGAUCCAAAGUUUCCUUCGACCAACCAACGAGAAAAGGAGGUCGACAGCUUUAUACAACAGGCUCCCAGUCCUCAUCUGAAUCUUUCAACCACAACAUGGUCAAAAGGUCCUCAUCUCUGGAUAUGAGACGUCUGAGCGAUAACAGUCCAGUAGGUAAGGCCGACAAGACCGGAGAAUGAGGUGGUAUUCACGCUGAACGCAGAAACUGCAAAGCUAUUUAUUUAAUGUAAGCGCAGUAGCCUAGUACUAUGAAGUCUGAAUAACUGUCACUCGCACGCAGGAGGUGUAGUAUAUUGCACGCGUGAUAUAUCGCUUGCUACAUACACAUAUGAAAGGAUGUUGGCAUACAGAGGUCGUGCUUGAUGGUGAAUCAAUGCGAGCAAAAUACUGAGAAGUAUGGGCUAAAGUAACAAAAUAAUGACGUGAUUAAUUUCGGGGGACAAUACAUAGCUCCCUUAGUAUAGUAUUUGAAGUUGACACACACGUUUUUACACUCCCAUUUACCAUAGGGAGCUAAUAUCAACUCUCCGCCCUCAAACCGUAGCCAACUUUCACCGAGCUGCUUAAGCACAAAAAGCCAGUCUACAUAUACCAUGCCACAUGUACAAUCUGUAGCUGGUGUCCUGCUUUUUUUUUGCUGAGCAGUAUUUUUUGCUUAAGCAGCUCUAUGGAUUUGGGCGUUUGUUAUAUUGUUGUAGCUACAAUAACUGAAACAUUCCAACUUUGUUUCCAAGGUAUUGAACAGCAAUAAUUCUAUUAGGGACUCAGACAUCCUACUUUUCAUUGCAACGGUUUUGGUACCUUUUGUAGAGCAAGUUCUUGGCCAUGACAUGAAUCCCAACUCACUGUGAUUAAAUAUGUACACACUGUAUGUAGUAUAAUUUACCUGUAGAAGUUUCAGCUUUGUUAGUGGUCAAGUGUUUGAGAGAAAAAGUAAACAUUACUGUACAAGCCGAAACGAUUUUUGUGUGUGAAACAGUUUUACUCAUUUGUCAAAAACAACAGCCCCUUAGCAAGAAAUAUUUCAAGGGAGGCUUUCUACCAUCAUCAUCUUUAAACUGUGUAAGCAGAAUGUAAAUCUGUGGAAGCUUGUGUUUUGUGUCUGACAAAAAGUACUCAAACCCGUUUUUUUUAGUGAACAGCUCCUUAGAUGUGUCAAUACUAAGUGGACAUUACAAAACUAUGAAAGAAAUACAAACUGUGAGGUAAAAUUUUUUUCAAAUUUGUCUUAAGAGUAUUAUCAACAAAAAAUUAUACAAGGUUAGUGUUUUUCUAACACUGGUGGUUUAACUCAAAGAUUUUGCACAUAGUGUUUUUAAUAAAAAAAAGGAAGUUUAUUCGGAAGAAAACAACAUUGAAUAUUGAUUCCUAAU